CAUUUCUUCAACUCACAUUCAGAUGGGUACCUUGUACCUCACGGCAUCCUUUUGGGUGGCCCUAGUGGGAGGCGUAAUCAGUGACAAUCCUGAGAGAUACGUCACUAAUCUAAGCAGCCAUGAGGAGGACUUCACCCAUUUUCCGGGAACUGAGUUCAACUUUCUGGGCACCACUCAUCGACCUACUAAUUUGGACCUUCCCGGCAAUCGCUCAAUGCAUGGCUAUUGCCCACAACAGACUAAAAUCACAGUCGCUUUCAAGUACAUCAACACUGUGAUAUCCUGUACCAUUUUCAUCGUGGGAAUGGUAGGGAAUGCAACACUGCUUAGAAUCAUUUACCAGAACAAGUGUAUGCGGAACGGCCCCAAUGCGCUCAUAGCCAGCCUGGCCCUUGGUGACCUUAUCUACGUUGUCAUCGACCUCCCCAUCAACGUGUUUAAGCUGCUGGCAGGGCACUGGCCUUUUGCCCACAAUGACUUUGGAGUGUUUCUCUGCAAGCUGUUCCCCUUUCUGCAAAAGUCCUCUGUGGGCAUCACCGUCCUGAAUCUCUGCGCUCUCAGUGUCGACAGGUACAGAGCAGUGGCCUCCUGGAGUCGUGUUCAGGGUAUUGGGAUCCCCUUGGUUACUGCCAUCGAAAUCGUGUCCAUCUGGAUCCUGUCCUUCAUGUUGGCCAUCCCAGAAGCGAUCGGCUUCGUCAUGGUGCCCUUCGAAUACAAGGGCGAGCAGCAUAGGACGUGCAUGCUCAAUGCCACGUCCAAGUUCAUGCAGUUUUACCAAGAUGUGAAGGACUGGUGGCUCUUCGGGUUCUACUUCUGCAUGCCCCUGGUGUGCACGGCGGUCUUCUACACCCUCAUGACCUGUGAGAUGCUCAACAGGAGGAACGGCAGCCUGCGGAUUGCCCUCAGUGAACACCUCAAGCAGCGCCGAGAGGUGGCAAAGACCGUCUUCUGCUUGGUUGUCAUCUUUGCCCUGUGCUGGUUCCCUCUUCACUUAAGCCGCAUUUUGAAGAAAACUGUGUACGAUGAGAAAGAUAACAACCGAUGCGAAUUGCUCAGCUUCUUGCUGCUCAUGGAUUACAUCGGCAUUAACUUGGCAACCAUGAAUUCUUGCAUAAACCCAAUAGCCCUGUAUUUUGUGAGCAAGAAAUUCAAAAAUUGUUUCCAGUCAUGCCUCUGUUGCUGUUGUCACCAAUCCAAAAGCCUCAUGACCUCGGUCCCCAUGAAUGGGACGAGUAUCCAGUGGAAGAACCCUGACCAGAACAACCACACCACAGAGAGGAGCAGCCACAAGGACAGCCUGAACUAACCCCUCUGCAGAAACACCAGUGUGUCUUCAAGUUUUCCUGGGGGACACGGUCAUACAGCAGCUGGGCCUUCCAAAGCCUCCCAAAUUCUCUUCCCGGCUCCCUGUCUAAGUCCAGCCUCAGAGAAGAAAAGCCUUCCACUCCCCCAGCCCCAACAGCAUAUGAGGGACCGGCGUCCAGCCACAGCCAAUGGGUCUUGCCUGAGCACUGUAUAUGAUUUGCGUACUGUGCGUGUCAUAUCCAGCACUUGAAAAUUAUGAGAGCUGAGGGAGAAAGGAGAUCGGUUGAGGAAACCAUGUGAUAUUGGGAAUCUUUGCAAGUUCGUGACCAGCUUUCAUGCAGUUCUAUGGAUCAGCCAGUGAGAACUGCUCACCACAAGACUCUAGCACAGCAAUUCUCGGCUUCCUACUCCGGCAGCC